UAUUAUAAAUAUAAAAUUGCUUAUUUCAAAAUAUAUGUGUACAAAUAAUUUCUAGUACGUUGCUGGCUUGGCUCAUCCUUGUUAGUCCACCUUACCGCAGCUUGAUUGAAUAAAAGGCGCACCUUCAACCUUGUGCAUAGCUCAGCCUCCCUCACUGAAAAUUAAAAAUAACUAAAAGAAAAUUUCUGUAUAUUACUCGGAACGGGACCUUAAAUGGGUCCCUUGACUUUAGCCAUUGAUGCUAAAAGCUCUCCUCAAGCCUCCACAGAUAAGAGGAUGCAAAACUUAACACUUGAAACCAGAAAGUCUUUUGCAUCUAUCAGCAUGGGAGAGGAAAAGCCAUUUGAUUUCUUUCGCAUUUUGUUUGAGGGUUUUAUAGCAGGAGGGGCAGCUGGUGUUGUUGUUGAAACAGCUUUAUACCCUAUUGAUACCAUAAAGACACGGCUUCAGGCUGUUCAUGGUGGAGGAAAAAUAGUUUUGAAGGGCCUUUAUUCUGGAUUGGCUGGAAAUAUAGCUGGCGUCUUACCGGCAUCUGCAAUAUUUGUAGGUGUGUACGAACCUACAAAGCAGAAAUUAUUAAAGAUGUUUCCAGAAAACCUUAGUGCUGUAGCUCACCUGACUGCAGGUGCUCUAGGGGGACUUGCUGCUUCCCUUGUACGUGUUCCAACAGAGGUUGUAAAGCAAAGGAUGCAAACUGGGCAAUUUACUUCAGCCCCUGAUGCCGUUCGCCUUAUUGCCUCCAGGGAGGGUUUCAGAGGACUCUAUGCGGGUUAUCGAUCCUUUUUAUUAAGGGAUUUGCCAUUUGAUGCAAUUCAAUUUUGCAUAUAUGAGCAGCUUCGGAUAGGAUAUAAAGUGGCGGCGAGGAGAGAUCUUAAUGAUCCUGAAAAUGCUAUCAUUGGCGCUUUCGCUGGUGCAAUAACUGGAGCUAUAACUACACCUCUUGAUGUAAUUAAGACUAGGCUGAUGGUUCAGGGAUCUGGUACUCAAUACAGAGGGAUUUCCGACUGUGUUCAAACUAUUGUGAGAGAAGAAGGACCUCGUGCUCUUCUGAAGGGAAUUGGCCCAAGAGUGCUAUGGAUAGGCAUAGGCGGUUCGAUCUUUUUUGGUGUCCUGGAGGGUACUAAGCGGUUUCUAGAGCAGAGGCGGCCCACACAUCGACAAGACUCGAAGGAGAAGUAACUUUUGGAUGAACCACAAAGCAUUAUGUUUGAAAUCUCACUACAUUUUUCUUAUCUAUUUCCAUAUGAAACAGGGACAAUGAUUUUGUAAUUUUGAUUGCAGCCACUUUUUGUGUCAACUCAGUAAGCUUGGCAUGGAAAGUGAUAGUUAAUAUUGGACCAUUUCCUUUUUAUGUGAGCUGCAGAGCUCCAUUAUUUUUGACUUUCUAAGUGAAUUCUGGUGGAGCUUUACCAUUUUCAUUUUGGAUGAUGCAUAAUCAAACCAACAGUUUUUCUGUUCA